AUGGAGACGCUGUUGCCAGGACACACGACUAAUCAGUCGUACAGCCCGCAACUGAAGACAGUCUUGAAGACAUAUCAGCUGUCUGCAGUUAAAAGCCUGCAGGGACCGAGUUCCGCCCUACUGGGAAUGGACUGCAAGAAUUUGCUCCAAGAGCAGUUUCAUUUUUCGUCACUGAGGUGCUCGGACACUUGCGAGGCAAAUCCUGAUAAGGAUUCCUGCAAGGGGAAAGAGUUUAUCAGAGACCGGUUGGAUGUAGUCGAAAGAUUAGACCGCGAGGACUCGGAAGAUUCCCAGACAGAGAGGGUGAAGGUUGACAAGCGGGAGCUCGAGUUCCAGAUCCCGAUUCUGACAGCUCCGGACCAGAGUUGCUCGGAGCGCUGCGAGACCUUGCUGGAGAACGAGCGGAUUUCCUGCUUUGUGGUCGGAGGCGAGCGGAGACUCUGCUUGCCCCAGAUCCUCAACACCGUGCUCCAGGACUUCUCGCUCCAGCAGAUCAACCAGGUUUGCGAUGAGCUGCAGAUCUACUGCUCGAGGUGCACUCAUGACCAGCUGGAAGAAUUGAAGCUUUCAGGGAUUCUUCCCAGGAACGCGCCCUCCUGCGGAUUGAUCACUCAGACCGAUGCUGAGAGGUUGGUCAGCGCGCUGCUCCUUCGCACUGAGACCAGGGAGCUUCAUCCUGAAGAGGUGCUCCUAAAACAUCACCGGGAGGAUAAAGAACUUGGGCUGUGCAAGAAGGAGGAGCUUGAUGACUCGAUCGUCAGGUUUAAAGUGUACCACGAGUGCUUUGGCAAGUGCAAGGGGGUCUUUGAUGCUGAUCUCUUUGACUCUGAGGACUCCGCGUGCAUUGAAUGUCUCGAGUGCGGCGGACAGUUCUCGCCUCAGAGGUUUGUUAGACACGCUCAUCGGCCUCUCGAGAACAGAACUUGUCAUUGGGGGUUUGAUUCUACUAACUGGCGGUCUUAUUUACUCUUAUCUAGGGACCAGCCGCAUUAUAAUAAAGUUGUUAGUUUGUUUCGGAAUCUCAAGGAUAGAUAUCCUGUACCUAAUUACAGCAAGAGAAAAGCUCCGGAGAUAAGGCAUGAUAUUGAGAAAUUACCCAAACGUAUGAAGAAAGAAUUGAACCGCGAUGACUGCGGUAUAUAUGCCAGCAAUAAUGGAUUGAUGUAUCCAGUAUCAGCGACCGGUACCGACGGUGAUCCUUAUUUAAUGCAGUGGGCUGUUUUUGAAUUAGCUGCACGUGGUGCAUCGGCAUUUAGACCUUGGAAUGCUGCUGCUGCUGCUGCUUCAUGUAAACAUAGAGAUAAUUCACCACUGGUGCCUGCAUAUCUAAGCCGUGGUCCACCGGUGCUGCAACACCCAGAGCGGGUGGUCUCACUAUCAGAUUGCGAGCGCUUUGAACCCCAUUAUCAGCCGAACGUAGCCUUGGCACCAGUGCCAACGCCAUCGAUAACGCCAGUCCCGCCGUCAUUAUCAUCAGGCAUACCAGUACCUGUAGUCGCUCCUCGACGUCAUUACCACGACAAAAGGCAUCAUCACCGGUCGCUCAGCCCGGAUGAUAACAACAAACUAGACACCGUUGUUAUAAAGGUAGAAAAACCUUCGUCACCUGCACCUGAGCAAGACAUUGUUGAUAAUUAUCAAUCAUCGACACCAGAUCCCCACGAUAAUGACAACAACAAUCCUCUUGGUAAUGAUAAUAAUGAUAAUGAUAUCGACAAACAAGACAGUGUUAUUGUCAACGAUAUUAAUCACGAUAUCAGUCACACUAAUGACACUGCUGACACCGACAAGGCUGAAGAAAAAUCCAAAACGACUGACGAAGAAGAAAGCAGCGCCGUUACAUCAUCGACAGUCAACGUCGAGCCGACUGACUCUCUUUCUUCAGCAAGUCCUUCUUCAGCAUCUCCAGAAUUGUUUGACCCUUCGGCGCUCGUCGACUUGGAAGAACGACUCGUCACCUUAAAAGUUCCCCAGGAUGUGUUGACGCUCGCCAAAAAAGUCACCAACGAGUUUCGGCAGUUGUUGCUCCAACGCAACAAUGAUUUCCGCGAGAUUAAACGCCUGAAAGAUCAGUUGAAUAAUUUUAAUCAUAAUCAUAGUUGUAAUAAUAAUAGUAAUAAUUUAUUACCGAGUAAUGAUUGUAAUGAUAUUAAAGCUGAUAAUGAUACUAAUGUUGUUGUAGACAGUACUGAUACCGUUGAUGAUCCGAGUAAUGAAUUUGCUGAUAGUAAGGAGCCUGAAUCUGUUCUACCGAAAACUUUACCGACAGAUAAUCUUGUUGAGAAAGAUUAA